UGCUCGGCCUCUAGACGAGGAAACGGACGUGACAGUGGUUGAAAGCAUUGGGUGGAGAAUUGGAGUCGGUGACUGCUGGUGGUUGCAGAAGUGUACUGGCAAGGUGAGGAGAGUUGCUCCAAGAGGAGAAGAACGUUCUGAAUAAGAAACUCAGCUAUUCGUAUUGUGAUGUAGACUAGGAAUAUGACUGAAAACAAAGAUUUAGAGGCAGAGAUACAUCCUCUGAAAAAUGAAGAAGUCAGAACUCAAGACUUGAAUGAAGCUUCUGACAAGCCCAAAGAAACCAAGUCCAAAAAGGUUACAAAAUUUCGUCAGCUUUCCUGGUGGAGAACCGCUGCUUUUUUCUUGGUCUUAUUUUUAUGCCUUGUGGUGGUGUUUGCAUUUUCCUUCGUAAUUCCUUGCCCAGUGAGGCCUUCAUCACAAAGGACAUGGACCGGAACAUUUGAAAAUGCAGUAACUUACCCUUUUCUCACACUGUGGGAUGCGAACAAAGACAAAGUUGCAGAUGUGAUGUUUGCAUUCAAGGACGCCAACGACACUAACAAUGGAUCGUGUUCAUAUGACGAGGGCCUUUCCCAUCCUUGUGCACAUCUAACACUUCUCUCCGGAACAAAUGGGAGCCUCCUUUGGAAGACAGCUCUAACAGAGGAUAUUCAACACAUUGAAUGUGGGCUACAAAAUCUUGGUGGUACAAAGUCUUCAGGGUGCCUGGUUAUUGGAAUCAACCAAUACCUUUCUACAAUCAGUUCUUCUGGUGAAACAUUGUGGAGACUCAAUACCAGUCUUACUGCUGACCUUUCAGUGAUUAGUCCUGCACUGGUGCUUCCAGAUCUAGAUGGUGAUGAAGUUGGAGAUUUUUUGCUGUUUCUUGUACCUGCUGAUCAGGGUAUCUCAGUUAAUACAUUGAUUUUCCUGCUAAUAUCUGGAAAGAAUGGAGAUCCCAUUGGUGAAAAAGUGUACCGCAAUAUUACCAAAGGUUUCAUGCCUUCCAGUCCCCUGAUUCAUAUUACCAAUACUGGGGCCUACUAUAUUCUCUUUAUUCAAGGAAAUGGGCAAGGAGUGGCACUAAAAGAUAUUUAUGCUCAAGCAACUGGAUUGCCACUUUCAACGUCAAAACUGAAUCCAAUAUUAAAGAAAUCGGAUCCCGAAUGGGAGAAAAAGACUGAUACCAUGUCUGGAAUGGUAGAAGUGUACAGCUCCCAGACUACUAAAUAUCUUCAGCAGGUGCAUGUCCCGGGAAAGAAUGCUGGCAAACUGCUAAUUAGCACAAAUGAUACAGUUGAGCUUUUGGAUGGACAGAGCUUGCAGACCUGUUGGUAUCAUAAUCUAUCGCAGAUUCAAGGGGUGCCAUUACCUGGUUAUUUUAACAUGGAUGAUGUGUUUGAUUUUUUAAUUGAAGAUUUCAUUGAAAAGGACAAGAAGAAGGUUACUAUUGUGGAUGGUAAAAGUGGCAAAAUACUAUGGGAGGAAGAAUUAAUAUGCAGGGAGAACUGUCCAAAACCAUCUUCCAUUAACACCAUGUCCCGGUCAAUUUUUCUUUUCUGGGGUGAACUUCCAACACAAAACAAUGUUUCUUUACAGGAAGGUUUCUCUGAGAAAAGUUAUAACCUUUAUAUGGUUCAUCCAUCACACCCAAAUGUCAUUCUGGAGUUAAGAAAUAGCACUGAGAAUGUGAUUGCAUUCACCACUGCCUUAUUUGAACCAAACAGACAUGCAGGGAGUGUACUGUUGUUGGGGCAGCCUUUGGGAAACAAACCAGGACCUUUGAAGAUAAUCAAACAAAAACUGAAAGACAUCAUCAGUGUGAGCAGGGUUAGACGUCUAAAGAAAGGACAUGAUGACUUUGGUGAUGAUGAACUUAAAGAAUAUUUUUACAGAAUGAGAUACAGCAGCUAAUGGUAAAUUGUAAAAUCAUUGAAGGUUUAUUUACUGCAAAUUUUUUCAUCUCUUGCUAACCAAAAGCUCUGAAGUUUGACCUGAUAUUUAAUGUGCAUUUCAAUAUUCUUCAUAUUGUAAAAUAAUGAUGUGGUAAAGUAAUGCAGAGUUAUAAUGAUAGCAAUAAAUGAGGAUCUUCACCCACCCUCAUGAAAAACAUAAGAUUUAUUGCAGUGGGCUGUAAUAUACAGUUCAUCAAUGUAUUGCAUGGAGCAAACUUGCUAACAUCUAUUAAUCCAAUACAAGGAUUUUAAAUUACAAAUUAAAAACUUGUUUUGAUUUGUAAAAUAAAAUGCUGUUCACAUGCAGAAAUAAUAAUAGUCCCAAAUCAGAAGGCCUUUAAUUUAAAAAGUCUCUCCUGAAAUUGUGUGUAUUUUAUUUAACUGUGAAUGCAAAUAAAAUAAGAUAUUGCUUCGUUAGAGCAGUGUACACAAUCCUAAUUAUCUGGCAGCUUUAGAAUCUUUUCAAUAUUUUAAUUAGUACUUAAGUUAUAUUCUAAAUAAUUGUUUCUUCAGGGUGAAUUCUAAUAUGAUCGUAUAUUCGUAUAUAUGAUCAUGGGAAAUUAGGGGUUGAAAAUAAUACUGCUGCUAAUUUCCACCUGAUUGCCAAUUGCUUGGAGAUAUACAAUUAUUUCUUUUUAAAAAAAGAUAUACAAAGUUAAGUAAAUCUUACACCUGAGUGGAAUAGGUUUUAGGGUCUUCUUUGUAUACAUUGGAAUCUGGCAAUGGUAAGUCUGCACUUUCAAUAAGGAUUUUCAAAUAUAACUCAAUAUAUUUGCAAGAGUACUUUAGAGAAGAAACUCAAUGCCCCUUUUCAAAAUUAAUACCCAUUGUAUUAAAGAAACUAAAAUUAUAUGUAAUCAUUCAAAUCAAAUGGGGUCAUUAUGGAGUUAUGUCCACAAAAUCCCAACAGCCAACACUUAAAGCCAAAAUUCUUUAGCAUUAGCUCCUCAUUGUUAUUGAUGGAGGAAUUCAUCCAGUGUUUGCUGCCAUGUAUGGAAUGUCUGGGGGCGGGGGAACAUUACCUGUGGUGGAGGGAAUUGUCAUGUCCGCUCUGGGACAACUCACCUUUGGUCCCCAUCGGACACUUAACUCUCACCUGUAGCUCCAAAUUUCUGUUUGCAUGCGACAGUGGCCACACCCCAGUAGACUGCUUCAACAGGCAGGCUAAACCAGGUGAGGGUAGCCAGUGGGCUUCAUACCCCAGUGAAAGAGCGACAUUCCUGUCCUAGUGCAUGAAGUCAGCUCCGGCAGACAGAGCAGAUGAGAUCCAAUGUCCAAGCAGGUGUUUUUGCAAUGCUUCAUGGAGAGUGAAGGACAUGAUAAGGCACUGACAAAGUCAUGGUUAUUCACUGCAACCAAAGAAGACCCCAUUUUGUGAUGACUACUUGUACCACUGGACCUGGACUUCCAAGGUCAAGAGAGUGGAACUGUCCCAGUACAACAGCUUUUCCGCAUUAAAAACUCUCCACACAGAUUUCAUGAUGAUCAUCAGAUAUGACAUUUAACACACUGCCAUGUUCUUUUGAGUGACUGUAAAUGAGCAAAAUUAGCACAGACGCCUAGUACAGAUAAUGGACUGCCUUCAUAUAAUGCUUUUGAUGAUUGCAUCCUCUAAAUCUUCAUUUUCAUUGUAAAAUUCAGGAUUAUUGUCAAUAUCUUCAAAUUCUUUGUAGUUCCUAACUUGUUGAAGUAGCAAAAUCAUUUCAUUUUCACUCCCGGCCAUUUCUCGCAUCUCCAAGCCUGAAUGCUUGAAACUGCAGUGAGCAAAAUAAGUCAAAAUUGUCUUGCUGCUUAUUUCUCUCCAACUAUCAGUGACUUUAAGCACAGUGUAGUGUCUAAUGGCCAUAGAGUUCAUGUGACUGAUGCUAGUUAGAAACUGCUCAGCAACAACGUCCUGUCCCAACUAAGCGUCCCAAAUAAACAAAGGGAAUGCUGGUUAUUUCUUGGUUAGUGUUUGUUCUUUAAGAGUUGUUCCAAAUAAGCGGCUGCUCCGGUUAACUGAUGGACCAAUUAACUGGAAUGCACUGUAUUUGUAUGAUGCCAGAGGAAUGUAAGAUAAAGAUGACUUGGAAUAAUGUAUUUUGCUUACUGCUUCCAUGUAUUGUUGCACUCCAAUUUUAGACCAAAAUAAUUUAGGGAGUUGUAAUUAUAUAAAAUGUAACCUUUUAUGUGCUCAAGUCAAAUAUAGAUAGGUAGGUGGUUUCAAACCACUACAUAUGAUCAUCCCAGAUUUGGAAAAAAAAUGACAGAAAAUGCACGUUGAUGGAUUUGCUAGGAUUUAUUUUUACUUUAAAUUGUCUUGACAUUCUGAAAAGUAUCUUUUUACAAAUUGUAUCAUUUUUGAUACUUAAGGGUACCCAAAAAUGACAUUCACAAAAUCUGACUUUAAGAACAGGGUUUCUAUCAGGCAAUCGAUGAUGAAUACUGUGAACCUUGCUCUGUAUUAUAAUUUGUAUAUGGUGUUUUGUUUAAAAUUAUGCUAACUACAAUAUAAAGAAGCAUUUUAAUUGCAUUUAAUUACAAACUUAUUGCUCCUCCUAGAUCUUUAUUAAUGAAGAAACCUGGCUGAGCAAAGAAGCUUCAGUGCACUUUUGAAAAGAGUUGUGGAGAAAAUAAGUUUCCAUUUUAAAACAGGUCAAUUAAUUUAUUAAAAAAAAACACUGGGAAAUCAAGAAGCUCUGAUUUGUGAUUAUAUUGUGUCAAUGUGCCAUCUUUACCAAUAAAAUAUUUCUGCAGCUGUGGCUGAAGAUAUGCCAAAUGGCCUUAAGUUAUUGAUUGCCAGUAUUGAGCAGGUUAUUUUAAUAUGUGGGAAAAGAUCUAUAAUACUUCAAUAUACAAAUUACAAGAAAAAACUAAUGGCUGAAGUUGCAAAAACAAUGCACAGUAAUUUUUCUGCCUUGAUUGGCUGUCAGACUUUUGUCUGAGUCAUAAGGUUAUAGUUUAAGACUCAUUUCAGAGCCAGAACCAUAUCAUUCAGUCUAGUACAGUAGAUUGACUCCAGUGACUAAUGCGUUUUUUGGAUGCAAUGUUGAAUUGGAUUUCUUGAAUUAAAAUAUACCGUGACAUUUCUAGAAAGCAGAGCCGUUCACCCUGAUGUACUUGCCAAUAUUUAUUCUUCAAGGAAUAAAAUAGAUAAUUUGGGUAUUUUUAAGUUACUUUGUCAUUGUUUCUGGAAGUUUGCUAUAUAAAUUUGCUGCCUUAUUUGCGAUAUUACAGUAGUGACCGGAUUUCAGAAAUAAUUCAUGGGCUAUAAGCACUGUACAAUUUUCUGAAGUCAUGAAAAAGGCCACUUUUUGUUUCUUCUUUCAUGAGCAACUGGAUGUUGGUGUAAAUAAAAAUUCAGUUUAAUGAUCGCAGCAAAAUGAAUUGUUGCUAUCGGCAUGAACUUUAUGCUUCAGGUUUUAAAUUAAUAAACUCAAUAUUCUAAUUAAGUUUUAAAUGCCUCCAAAGAGUACUAGUUAAUGAUUAUAUACAUUUACAAAAUGGUUGAUAUAUUGUAUCUGUAUGACUAAUUUAUUGAUGUGUAUUCUCACUGCUUAUUUUGUAUUACAUACUUGCAAUCUUAACCUCUUUUGUGUUAGACAAUGACACAAAUUGAUUACACAGAUGUCAACAUUUUGCGCAUUCACUGAUUAAAAAUCAUUAAAUUAAACAUGCCAAAAACAGAUUGCCAAUUUAAUCCAACCUACCUUUGUAGGCAGAUGAAUUAAUACAAAGAUAGAAAACUUAAUUUUAGAUGAAACAGAAGUUCACAUUACUAAAGUACUAAAAUUUCAAAACUGUAUUUCUUCAUUGGUGACCUUGUAUGUGCAGAGUACCAGUUACCUUGAGAAUGUGACAAUAUUAUUACUUUGUGCUGUGUGGUUUUCUUUGUAUGUACUCCAAAACGCUACACUGAUUUUAAUCAACAUUCAUUUUACCAUAUGUAGUUUAAUGUGUUUUGAAAUUAACUGCUUAUGGUUUGGGUACGUUAUAAUAUUUAGAUAUAAUGGCAGAUUGAACUUAUUUUCAUGUUUUACAAUGGUGUUCUUGUAUUGUAUCAAAGAUGAGAAAUACUGUGAGAGAAAUGUGAUUCAUAAUAAAUUCCUGUUUUAUCCU